AUGCCCAGUGAAACUCUCUGGGAAAUCACAAAAGCCAAAGUGGAAAAACGUGGAAGUAGUGGAAGUGAAGGUGAUGGACUUGAAAUUGGAGAAAAAUCUGUUUUCUUCAUUGGAAGUAAAAAUGGGGGAAAGACUACUAUUAUUCUAAGGGGUCUUGACAGGGAUGAGCCACCAAAACCAACCUCAGCUUUGGAACAUACGUGCGGAAGAAGAACAGAAGGGCGUGAUAUACCAAAAGAUACCGCUCACUUUUGGGAACUAGGUGGAGGAACCGCUUUAUUGGACUUAAUCAGCAUACCAAUCAUGAGUGGUACCUUAUGGACAUUUUCUAUUGUUCUUGUUUGGGAUCUUUCCAAACCUAAUGACCUUUGGCCCACUACGGAAAUUCUGUUGCAAGCCACAAAAAGCCACGUAGAUAAAAUGAUAAUGAAACUGGGGAAGACAUAUUCUAAAGGAGAGUCUGAAAUGAGACCGAAGAUAUGGAGUAAUAUGCAGAAGGACCAUCCAGUGAGUUGCUGUUGGGAUUAUUCCUAG